AUGUUUGGUUCACCUGACUUAGAUGGCAAUCAGGACUUAUUUCCCUGUGAAGUCUGUGGAAGACGCUUUGCAGCAGAUGUUCUGGAAAGGCAUGGACCAAUAUGUAAAAAACUCUACAACAAAAAGCGUAUGCCUUUCAAUUCCUCAAAACAAAGAUUACAGGGCACUUACUUUCUCACUGUGAGCGUGGCUGUUCAAUCCAAGUCUCAACCAGUGAGGAAAAGUAACUGGAGACAACAACAUGAAGACUUUAUUACUGCAAUUCAAUCAGCAAAGCAGUGUGCCCUAGCCAUGAAAGAAGGCCGCCCUCUCCCACCACCUCCCCCUGCGUUCAUCAACCCAGAUUACAUUCAGUGCCCGUAUUGUCUGAGGAGGUUUAAUGAAAAUGCAGCCAACCGGCAUAUUAAUUUCUGCAAGGAACAGCCUUCUCGCCGAGUCUUUGAUGCAGCCAAACUGGAGUCCAAAGUGCAGGGAAGGGGUCAGACAAGUUCAAGAAAAGAACCGACUGUCACCAGUGCCGUGGGAGCUCUGCUGCAGAACAGGGCCCUUGAGGCCACGAAAGGGGCCCCGGCCAAGCCAGGAUUAGUGGCGGACCCUGCUUCUGGAUCAAAACUCAAACAAGGAUUUACUAAAUCUUCUAAAAAAGAUUAAGCCCUAGAGGCCAGACAGGCUCCCUAGAGCUCAUCAGCCUGGACAGCUGUGAGCCUAAAAUGCCACCUGAAAGGAAGAAGCAGAUGUCUGCUUCAACGCCUGAUUCCUCUCGAGACAUCAUGUAGGACAUGUAAAACUAGUGUCAAAUUUUCUUACUUCCUCCCUUCAAAAUAUUCAAAACCAAAUCAUUAAACAAGGCAUUCAUCUGUAUGAUAAUGCUUGAUUCGAAGAUUCACUU